GAUGAGGAGAGGAGCGGGGCGGAGGGCAGGACGGAGGAGGCAGCGCUGAGGGGCCGCGCUGUGCGCGGGCGGGCUCGGGCGGCCCGCGGGGGGAAGCGGCUCUGCGGCCGCGGGGCCUGCGGGGCAGGGGCCGCUCGGACGUGCCCGACCGGCGGGAGCGCUUUGUUAUUCCCGUGGGAGAUCCCCGCCCCGAGGUCUGUGCCCUCCGCUGCCCUCAGCCCGCGGUGCUGUGGCCGCUGCGCUCACCUCAGGGAGCAGCAGCAGCAGGGCACGGCGCUGGGGAGCUCAUGGCACCCCACACACCCCCAGAGCUUCACACAACCCCCGAGGUGUCCGGACCGGGGUCCGGAGUUGCCCGGGAGUUGCAGUUGGAAUGUGGAGAGAACCCUCCAGCAGCAGCGAUUUAUCCGGGGUUUGGAGAUCAGGUGUAGAUGGAGUUAUUUACAGCCUUAAAAGUAUGUCUGAAGUGAGAUUUGGGUCUUACAAGUUGCAUGAACUCUGUUGCUGUCGUUUUCUGCAAAGAAUACCGUAUGAACACAGCUGAACGUGGGCACAGCUCUUACUGUGAGGCCGCAGCAGAUCCCCUGUCAGUAUCGGUAACAAAAGUGCUUCGAGGUGUCACCGUUGAGCACCACAGAGCGUAAGACAUUAUGCACUGAAAAGAAUCGGUUUGCAGGCUGGGAAUGCAUGUCCAAUUCCAGGGCCUCUCGCCCUCUCUGCUGCUUGAGGAAACUUGAUAAUAGUGUGGCUUGGUCUGAGAUGUAAUGUAUAUUUGCUUUAUCUCAGAGAUCAUUGAAAGCAAAUUGCAGUAUAAAUUUUGUGUGCAUGUUAGAUUUCGUGUUUAUUUGAAUGGACGUCCCUGACCUUUCAGAAGUUAGACUUUGUCAGAAGGAGAGGGGACGGUAUCAGAGCAUACAUGAGUAUCUAAUUUUACCAGACAAUAACAAUUUUUUCUGGCAUUAAUUUUAAUUUUUUAUUGGAAAGCUAGCUGAGUUUUUUUGUUUUAUUAUUUUUCAAUUAAAUUACACUUGAUUUUAUUUAAACACUUAAUUUUGGAUCACAUCUCAGGAAUUAUUGUUUGUUUGUUUUUGUUAAACAUGACUGGUUUGUGACAUCAUUUCGUAAGUGUGAUCCCUGACAUGAAAAAGUAAACCUAAAUUAGCUGAAAGUAAAUACUGAGAAUUACUUUUUUUCAUUUCCAGUGAUGCAGCACAAAGUGCUAAAGGCAGUUUGUAACUACUGCAGGCUGUGCAGGCUGCUGACUGGGGGCUGCUUUGAAGAUCAGAGAGGACCCUGAGUGAUCUGUCAGAAGGGCUUUACUAAAGCCUGGAGUGACUCUGAGCCUGAGCUCACAGAGCACUAAUUCUGUCUGCACUGGCUGUGGGCACAUGGUCCUGGUUCUGAUGCACCGCUCAGAGUACACGGGGAAACUUCUGCACCAGCUGCAGAGGCUAACCAUGUCUUUGGGUUCAUCUACACAAGGACCAAAAAGAAGUACUGAGUGUUUGGAAAGCCAAGAACUGCAGACUCCAUCAUCAUUUCAAGAUAACCCUCUUCAGCAAUUACAGUUAGCAUCCCAGGAAGUGCUGGAAAAGGCAAAAAAGAGUGGCAGAUCAAAAUGCCCCCGAUGCAGUAGUUCAAGGAUGUUUUAUUGUUAUACAUGCUUUGUUCCUGUUGAAACUGUCCCUACCAAAGAAAUUCCAACUGUGAAGUUACCUUUGAAGAUUGACAUUAUCAAGCACCCAAAUGAAACAGAUGGCAAGAGCACUGCUGUGCAUGCAAAGCUCCUGGCACCUGAUGAUGUUACAAUUUAUAAAUACCCUUGCAUUCCAGAAUAUGAAGAAAAGAGACAUGAAAUAGCACUUAUAUUUCCUGGCCCCAAUUCGGUUUCAGUAAAAGAUAUUGCUUUCCAUCUCCAAAAGUACACUAAAAAAGGCGUCUGUAAUAGUGAUGAUGACUGUUCCAAAGAACCAGUUCUUAAGCAAGCAAAAAUAGAACCUGAAGAAGAGAAAAGUCCAAACGAAUGCAUCCCAAGCAGCAGGAAUGAAGGCACUGGACUGAAGAAAAUAAUAUUUAUUGACAGUACCUGGAACCAAACCAACAAGAUAAUAACUGAUGAACGACUUCAAGGGUUGCUACAAAUUGAGUUGAAGACAAGGAAAACUUGUUUUUGGCGUCAUCAGAAGGGAAAGCCAGACACAUACCUCUCCACAAUAGAAGCCAUUUAUUAUUUCCUUGUGGACUAUCAUCAGGAAGUUUUGAAAGAGAACUACAAAGGACAAUACGAUAACCUGCUUUUUUUCUUUUCAUUUAUGUACACAUUGAUUAAAAAUGCCAAGUGUUGUGCAGGAAAAGAAUAAGAUGUCUGUCUAUAGGUGCAUGACACAACUUUUUUUUGUAGUGAUAAACUGCACAGACAUAACUAGUUUUGUCUGACUGAAAUCUGGAAAUAGAUUGUACAAUGGCUACAGUGUUUGUCCAGAAGUAACCUGCAGACCUCACCCUUCACACCUGAGGUUGUAGAACUACUCAGAGGAGCACUCUAGUCAGAGUUACUUUUUUUGAAAACCGUUACACUUUGCUAAAUCUUGCUGGAUUUCAUCCCACAGGUGUGAUGUGCUCACUGUGAUGAGCACCGUUCCUGAGGUGGGGAUAGCAGGACUCGCCAUAAGGAGUGAUCCCUCCAGCUGUAAAAAUGAAUUAACUUGCUAGCUUUUUAUCAUUACUAAUAGUUCAUGUCAGGUGUUUUCUUUUUGUUUUACACAGUAAUAAGGAUUUCACUCUCAUGACAUCAAAAGCUUACAGAAAUUAAUAGGGUGGUAUUUAAUUGAGGAGAGUUGCACCAAUACAAAAUGAAAGAGCACAUUAAUUGAAUACAAAUUCUGUACUUUCAAAAUUAAGUCUGGAAAAUUAUUCUAGUAAUAAAAAAGUGAUCUCUUUAAA